ACUGGAGUGAAGUUCAGGGCAAUAAACCCCUUCUGGGACACAGUAGUCCUUCUGAAAGGGAGCGGAAUCGCUUUCCAGACCGCAACAGAGUUGAGAAAAGACGGGUGAUGUCUAGACUGGGUGUGGUGUUUGGAGGCUCCCGUGGCAUUGGGCGAGCAGUAGCCCAGUUGUUGGCACAAAGGGGGCAUCGAGUUGUAGUGGUCUCCCGGAGCCAGGAAGCAGCACAGGCCACAGUGCAUGAGCUUUCUGGAGUAGGACAUAUUGGUCUCGGUUGCGACAUUUCCAAAGAGCAUGAGGUGCAGAAAGCAUUCGAUACCAUCAGUAAAACCGGCGGCCCUGUGGGAUACCUCGUCAAUGCAGCAGGCAUCAACAGAGACGGAUUAUUACUGAGGUGUAAAACCGAGGACAUGGUGUCUGUUCUUCACACCAACCUGCUUGGCUCCAUGCUCACCUGUAAGGCAGUGUUACGGAGCAUGCUCACUAACGGAGGCGCUAUCGUCAACAUUGGCUCGGUGGUGGGUGUUAAGGGAAACGCCGGGCAGAGUGUGUACAGCGCCAGCAAAGCCGGCCUUGACGGCUUCACACGGUCUCUGGCCAAAGAGGUUGCUUCUCGAAACAUUCGGGUCAACUUGGUAGCUCCAGGACUGAUUCGGACGGACAUGACAGCAAGUUUGAACAAAGAAGAGUACGGGAAGAGGAUUCCUCUAGGUCGCUUCGGGGAUCCGCAGGAAGUUGCCCAUGCUGUCCUGUUUCUCCUGGAGUCACCGUACAUCACGGGACAUGUCCUGGUGGUGGAUGGAGGACUACACCUGACCAUGUAACUUCAGUCGCCUGUAAGCUUCUGAAGGUUAAUGCCAUGCCAACUGUUUCACCCGCACAUGAUUUCAGUUUAUGUUUAAAAGCAUUUACUAACCGCAGUGCAUUCGUACCAAGUCUGUCGUCAUGACCUUCAGACGUUAAGAACAAUUCUGGUCUUGGAUUUGAUUCUGAAAAAUAUAAUGUGUGAUCGAUCGGUGACCCUGAGCAGGAGCCUGGAGCUUGGGUGGAAUGAAAAACUGUCAUCAGACUUUUAAGUAUAAGACUGGACAUCCUUGGUUUGGAGAAACUGCACAUGCUACAUGUCUCUGAGUAAAAAAGAUCAAUUUUAGUCAUAAUACACCUUCGUUUUCCCCUGCAGUAUACACUGGACUGGAAUUAGUUUGUGGAAUCACACCCCAUUUGUUCUGGAUAAAAUUAUAAGAAUGGGUUUUUUAGAAUGGGUUGCUCUGAGUGGCUCUCCUCUUAUCAGCUGUAAUAACCUCCAUUGUUCUGGGAAGGCUUCCCACUAGAUUUAAGUGUAGGGGUUUUCGUCAUUCAGCUACAAGAUCAUUAGUGAGCAGAGGUACAGAAUGUGCAGUCGGCGUUCCACAGGUGUUCGGUGAAGUUGAGGUCAGAACUCUGAUAAUGUAAAGGUCAUGUUCUAUACUCCUUUUAAAACAAGUUUGGACUUUAAGAUCUCUAAAUGUAUGUGUGUGUGUGUGUUAAUGUUCAAGGUGAAAUACAGCCUAGAUGAUGUACUGGCUGCUUGACCUCUUUUCUGUUUCACUUCUUUUCCAAAUGCGCUGUUUCUGUGUCUGUAGCUUUAAAGCUUUAAAUAAACCUCCCCUGAUUUCUCCUU